CCACAGCAUUGUCCCUUUCUCGCCCUUUUUCAUACACCCGCGCACACACUCACACGCACUCAUGCCUCAGUCUCCACACACACUGUCACGCACUUCAUAAGCGGUCUGCCGAGCUGUUUGCAUGCUUCCAUUCCGGUCACAAGUUAACCGCACGGGGAGGCUUACGAACGAGUGAAAACAGCGGCGACCCGGGGUUAAGCGAGGGUGAAGAAGUCAGCGGCUCAGAGAGAGUGGGAGAGUGAAGAGGAUGAGAGUUCGAGUCAGUGAACCAGUAAGUCGGGCAUCCAAAGCACCUUAAGGGCGGCAGGUGGCAGAGGAGGUAGUGGGAACGGUUCCCCCCUCCCCCCGAGAACCCACCCAGGACUCCACACAAAGUGUGAGAGCGACCGGGGCGAGAAGUAGGCAGGUCGACCACUCCGAAGGUCUCAUCAUUUAUCUGCGGACGCUACCAGUGUAUCUUAUUUUAUUGCCACGCUGUCUCCAACACGAUGGCAAGAUUUUUUAAGUGAAGAAAACGUAACCAAUCUGGAUAACGGGGUCGAGGUUCUGUACGCGCAGUCCAAGUCCGCAAAUGCAUGCGGCGAAGAUGGUCAGUUACGGAGGGAGUACGGAAAGCGCUGACGUGAAGAGCGCGAGAAGUGCACGGGCUGCAGUCAGGGGUCUGAAACGGGGUCACCACUGGACCGUGCUCUUUCUUUUCUCAGUUGCUUUGCAGUCGCAGGUUGUGCGUGCCGUGGGGUCGUUUGAACUGCAGAUCCACCAGUGGCAAAACUCGCUGGGCAUUCUUCAGAGCGGCCAGUGCUGUGACCCCCAGGCCAGUAGGGGGCAGGACUGUCUGCUCGAUGAUCAGUGUGAAACCUUCUUCAGGGCCUGUCUGAAGGAGUACCAGGCCCGGGUGGCACCCACUGGCACCUGUACAUUUGGCAUAGGCAGCACACCAGUCCUGGGCGGGAACUCGCACACCGUGCGUCACCGUGCACACGAGGGGGGUGAGGGGGGACGGAUCAUCAUCCCAUUCGAUUAUGCUUGGCCGAAAUCCUUCUCCUUGGUGAUCGAGGUCCUUGACCAUGACAAUGAAACAUCACAGCCAGGCCAGGAGGAGUUGAUAGCGCGUGUGCUACUGUCAUCCAUGCUAAACCCUGGCGAGCAGUGGCAGACAUAUCGGUACCACGGGCAUCAGCUGAGUCUGGAGUACCGGCUGCGCUUCCGGUGCCAUGGCAACUACUAUGGGCCGUUGUGCAACCAGUUCUGCCGCGCACGCGAUGACUUCUUUGGCCAUUUCAACUGCGACGCGACUGGCAGCAAGGUGUGCAAGGAUGGCUGGGCGGGGCCAGAGUGUCGUCAGGCAAUAUGUAAGCAAGGAUGUAAUCUGGCCCAUGGUAUGUGCAGUCUUCCUGGAGAAUGCGAGUGUCAUUAUGGCUGGAAGGGGGAUCUCUGUGAUGAAUGUGAGACAUUUCCUGGUUGUGAUCAUGGCACCUGCACUGAACCCUGGAAAUGCGUGUGUGACACCAACUGGGGUGGCCUGCUCUGUGACAAAGACCUGAAUUACUGUGGAAAUCACCUGCCCUGUAAGAACGGUGGGACUUGUAUCAACACAGAACCAAAUGAGUACCAGUGCGUGUGCCAGGAGGGUUUCCUCGGCCGCAACUGUGACAUCGUGGAACACGCAUGUCUCUCUUCUCCUUGUGUGAAUGGAGCCACAUGUGUAGAGAACCAGAGCGGCUUCAGUUGUCUGUGUGCAGAUGGAUGGACCGGACUCACCUGUUCAGAUGCAAUGUUGCACUGUGACUCCAACCCGUGCGGGCGUGGGUCCACCUGCCGUGAGACCUCCCAGGGCUUCCAGUGCUUGUGCGCUCCAGGCUGGACCGGCAGGAGCUGCCAGAUCGAUAUGAACGAGUGUGAGACAGGCAUCUGUGUCCACGCUCACUCCUGUCGAAACCUGAUUGGUGGAUACCUCUGUGACUGCCUUCCUGAAUGGGACGGGCCCAACUGUGACAGAAGGAACGGUAGCUGCCAGGGCCCGUGUUUCAACGGAGGACGCUGUGAGGACUCGCAAUGCAUAUGUUUGCCGGGUUUCUCUGGUGAGCGUUGCCAGACAGCUGUGGGACCAUGUGACAGCACUCCCUGUCUGCAUGGAGGAGAGUGCUUGGCACAAAAGGGUGGUGUGUUCUGCAACUGUCCACGGGGAUACACUGGAACUUACUGUGAGGAGGUGGCAGAUCUGUGUAAUCCCAACCCCUGCCAGAAGGGGGUGCCAUGUCAGAGUACAGAAGGUGGCUACAUGUGUGCCUGCCCAGAAGGUUAUUUUGGAAAUGAAUGCAUGAGCCUGAAGGAAUUAUGCCAUGGGCUGCACUGCCAAGUGUCAGAGCCGAGUGGCAGGGAGUUCAGUCUGUACAUGGUGCUGUUAGGGGUGCUGGCGGUUCUGUUGGCGGGGGGGUUCUCGGCGUGCGCACUGCUCCUGUCACGCCAGAACCGGCGCCGACAGCGUCGCACCAAGCAGCCCACCACCGAAGCCGCCGGCAUCAACAACCAGCGGCACUUCUGCGCCUUCGUCCACAAUGUGGAGCGGGGCAGGGCGCCGCCGGCAACCGGACAGGCCAUGCCCACGCUCUGGUCCGAGGAGAUCGAGCUGACCCUCCCACCGUCGCCCGCCCUCAAGCCGGCACACACAGCCAAGCUGGACAUCUGCAACCGCGAGCGAGAGAAGCUGAAUCGCUUUCACUAUGCUGCCGACGGCCAGGAGCUGGAGGUGUGACCUCUCCAGAAGGAGCGCCCGCCUUCAGGAAGGACUCAGGGCCCUACGAAGAAGUGUCCCCUCCACUGACCUCUCUCAAGCAGCGUCCCGCUGAACCUCGAACUGGGACUUGAAAAGGUCAAAGCGGGUGAAGGUUCCGCUGCGAGGUUCCUGGAGGUGGCCGUGCUCCAGAAGAGCAGCGGACCUCGCCGUUGUCGGCUCACACCAGCACCAAGGGUCAAACAAUCGUCAAUCAGAAGGUCAACGAAGACGGGGAGGAUUUCUUUGUUUGUCGUUACUGUAAUUUUGGA